AUGGAAGGCCGCGUCGGAGCCCUUUGUAUCCCGCGCGCCCGAGCUCCCGGGCUCCUGUUCGCGUGUGCGGCGGGUGUCGGCGUGGCGCCUUCCUCCUCCGCUCCCCGCGUGGAGGCGGCUCCGGGGUGGGCACGUCUGCAACAAGUCCUUGAACUCUCGGACCCGCGGAUCGGAUUGGAAAGGCGGCGCGCUGGCCGGCGGUGUGCGCUGAGGGCUUGCGAUGGCGUGGAGGCCCGCUCUUGGCCUUUGUGUCGACAAUACCUGGGGAAAGACAUGGCAUUGGCCGCGGGAGGACCUGGAAGCGCGGUGGUUGAACAAAAAGAUGAAGCGGAAUAUGGUGGGCAUGAUCAGAUAGAUCUGUAUGAUGAUGUCAUCUCCCCAUCUGCAAAUAAUGGAGAUGCUCCAGAAGACCGGGAUUACAUGGAUACCCUCCCGCCAACCGUUGGCGAUGAUGUGGGAAAAGGAGCAGCACCCAAUGUUGUCUAUACGUAUACUGGAAAGAGAAUUGCAUUAUAUAUUGGAAAUCUAACUUGGUGGACAACAGAUGAAGACUUAACUGAAGCAGUUCAUUCUUUGGGAGUAAAUGAUAUUUUGGAGAUAAAAUUUUUUGAAAAUCGGGCAAAUGGCCAAUCAAAGGGAUUUGCACUUGUUGGUGUUGGAUCUGAAGCAUCUUCCAAAAAGUUAAUGGAUCUUUUGCCCAAAAGAGAACUUCAUGGCCAGAAUCCUGUUGUAACCCCGUGCAAUAAACAGUUCCUGAGUCAAUUUGAAAUGCAGUCCAGGAAAACUACACAAUCAGGACAAAUGUCUGGGGAAGGUAAAGCUGGUCCUCCAGGAGGCAGUUCACGUGCAGCAUUUCCACAAGGUGGUAGAGGACGGGGCCGUUUUCCAGGGGCUGUUCCCGGUGGGGACAGAUUUCCUGGGCCAGCAGGACCAGGAGGGCCACCCCCACCUUUUCCAGGAAAUUUGAUCAAGCAUCUUGUUAAAGGAACUCGGCCUUUGUUCCUGGAAACUAGGAUUCCAUGGCAUAUGGGGCACAGCAUAGAGGAAUUAUCCAUUUUUGGCCUAAAAGGUCUUUAUUUUUCUCCAAACUUGCUUGACUUAUAUAUAGAAUAUUUACAUCCGUCUUAUUUUCUUCUUGGCAUCAGAGUAGAAUAUAAGCUAGGGCCACCCCUUACACUUGCUCCUCCGCCGCAUCUUCCGGGACCACCUCCAGGUGCCCCACCGCCAGCUCCACAUGUGAAUCCAGCUUUCUUUCCUCCACCAACUAACAGCGGCAUGCCUACAUCAGAUAGUCGAGGUCCGCCACCAACAGAUCCAUAUGGCCGAGCUCCUCCAUAUGAUAGGGGUGACUAUGGCCCCCCUGGGAGGGAAAUGGAUACUGCAAGAACACCUUUGAGUGAAGCAGAGUUUGAAGAAAUCAUGAAUAGAAAUAGGGCAAUCUCAAGCAGUGCUAUUUCAAGAGCUGUGUCUGAUGCCAGUGCUGGUGAUUAUGGGAGUGCUAUUGAGACAUUGGUUACUGCAAUUUCUUUAAUUAAACAAUCCAAAGUGUCCGCUGAUGAUCGCUGCAAAGUUCUCAUUAGCUCUUUGCAAGAUUGUCUUCAUGGAAUUGAAUCCAAGUCAUAUGGUUCUGGAUCGAGAAGACGUGAACGAUCAAGAGAGAGGGACCAUAGUAGAUCACGAGAAAAGAGUCGGCGUCAUAAAUCCCGUAGCAGAGAUCGCCAUGAUGAUUACUAUAGAGAGAGAAGCAGGGAGAGAGAGAGACACCGGGACCGGGACCGAGAUCGGGACCGAGAGCGGGACCGAGAGCGAGAGUAUCGUCAUCGUUAGAAGCUGAAGGAAGAGGAACACCUUCCAGGAUAAAAGUCUUCAUGGGGGAAAAGUGACGCUUGUCCAGCAGUUUGCUUCUUGUGAUUGAACUGAACCUGUAAGGAUUCAUGGAUAAACUGAACAGGAAUAGAUCUGAAUAAAGCAAAUCUGCAUAAAUGGUAACCAGUAGCUCUACUUUUAUUUUUUAUGUUGCUUAACUGUUUUAUUUGAAGGAAACCUGUGUGAUUAAAAAAGUUAAUAGCUUUUGCAACUUUA